CAUGGAAAUUCGCAUGCAUUUUGCAUUGGUUGUGGGCAUCUGCCUCGGAGUUGCCCAUGCCGCUGAGGACCCAAUUCAUAAAGAAAUCAUCAAUCUGAGCCAUAUUUGUAAAGAUCGUACGGAGGGACAACUGGUGCCCAAUCCGCUGGAUUGCAGUGCAUACUUUGCCUGCGGUUCGGUUCCAAAGCUCUUCUACUGCAAUCAGGGACUCAAUUUCGAUGCGGUUAAGUUGAUGUGCGAUGUGCCUGAGAAGGCGCAAUGCAUUGCAAACGAGAGUAAUUCCCCAGACACAACUUCAAAGCUCAAUGGAUACCUGAACGCAGACAUUGGGAGCAAACCACAUACUGAUUUCGAUUGGUGGAUGACCAAACCGAAGCCGGACUUUGUUGCCAUCGAUGUCGAAACAGGUCUGGCCGUGAAUCCCAUGGAUAAGUACGAUCCGGAGCUCAUAGACUGCCGUCACUUUGGUGCGUACUUCCUGCCACAUCCCAGCAAUUGUCAGCUGUACUUUAUUUGCGCCUACGGUCAUCUUCAUCGUCAUCACUGCGGCCGAGGCACUCUUUGGAACUACAGGCGCUUCGAGUGUCAGCCAAGUGGCAACGCCGAGUGCUACAGCAAAAAUAAUUUGGAAUAUGUGGAGGGGGAAAAAGCGCAAAGCACCACACCCGGCCAAGUGACCGUCUGCUAUAUUGUGGACACCAGCAGUGCCUUGCCGACAACUAGCUUGAUUCCGCCAACACCGACCAGUGCACCACAUAGUAGUGCCAUUAGUGUUUUAAAGUGUCCCUCGGAUCAGCAGAGCUAUUUAUCGCAUCCCGAUGACUGCAGCAAGUAUUACAUUUGUAUUGCGGGCAUGCCGGUGCUGACCUCCUGCCCGAGGGGUCUCUAUUGGGAUCAGAAAUCCGGCUAUUGUGACCAGGCUAAGAACGUCAAGUGUUUUAAAAAUACCUAAAUAAAUGCAGUCAGCAGA